UUUUAGAUCUAUUUAUUUUAUUUUACGUGUCUGAAUGAUCUGCCUGCAUGUGAGUAAUGCACUAUUCGUGUGCCGGCUGCUAGGUCAGAAUAAGUCCCUGGCUCCACUGGAAUUGUUGUAAGUGGUUGUGAGCCACCCUGUGGGUGCUGGGAAUCAAACCUGGGUCUUCUGCAAGAGUAACUCUCAGCCCCAAGAUAGCAAGAUAUUUAACAUGAGGCCCAGUGGAUGAUCUUCAGGUCAUUGAGGGCAAGCCCUUGAAGUGAGUAGUGAGACCUUCAUCUCCUCUGGAGAGGUUUUUGAUUUCUCAGCCAUAAAAUGAAGGGGUUGAGUCUUCCGUGUCUUCCUGCUAUGCUUUGUCUGUCUGUCUUUCUUUUGUUUUGGUUGAUUUUGGUUUUAGUUUGAAGCCCUGGCUGUCCUGGAACUAACAGAAAUUCUCCUGCCUCUGUCUCCUGAGUUCUGGGAUUAAAGGUGUGCACCCCCAGCACCCUCUCUUGAUAUGUAUUUCAUUUUAAGGGGCUGGAGAGAUGAUUAGCCUGCACACUGCUCUUUCAGAGAACCAAAUUUUGUCCUGGGCACCCACAUAGGCCUACCCAUGAUCCCCUUUAAUGACAGCUCCUGGGGAUCCAGCACCCUCUUCUGGUCGCCAAGGAAACCUGCGUGCACAAAUGUACACACACAAAAUUAAAAUUGAAAUGCAAAAACUGUUCCCAAAAUGUACUGCUACCAUCAUGCGGGGGACUUGCCCCACCCAACGUCGCUCACACACUAGGCAAGUACUCUGCUACUGGGCUGCAUGUAACACCCUUCCCAUGCAGACCUAUGCAGACCUGCAGCCCAAACCUGAAAUGUACCCAGAGCUGCCCAAUUGAUUGCACCAAAAUGGGCCAACCAUUAUAUGUGGCCACCUGAGAAGGGUAUGACCUUGGCACAAAUGGCUUGCUGUAGCUGAGGCCACCUGUUGGCCACACUCCAGCAGCUGAUGGCCACUGUUUUCUCAAACAGGAGUCUAGGCACCUAGUGUGGUAGUGGAUAACUAAACUCAGCAUUUGGGAGACAGAAGCAGAUGGAGCGCUGUGAGUUCAAGGCCAGCCUGGUCUACACAGCAGGUUCUAAUACAGAGUUUUAAAUACUAGUGUAAUUUUCCUUUUGCUGUAAUUUUUCUUUCUUUUUAUUUUAAUUUGGUCUGUUAACUGUGUUUUGGUUUUGAUCUCUACUGAGACUUUGUUUUACGGGCUAGUUAGAAGAGCUGAGGUGCAUUCAGAGAUUGAACAAGACGCCAUCUUUUUCCCCAUCUAAGUUUCAGGUCCAUGUAAGGGCUCCCUCACUCACUUGCCCUAUCCUGCCUUAUUCUGAGAUAUUGGAUAUCUGUGAAAAACAGCUCCUGGCUAGGGCGCACCUCCAACCCCUCCCAAGUCUCUCUAGCCUCUUGUAGCCUAGGCCACCCCUUCCAGGCUGCUUCUCUUUUGAGUUCCAGGUCAUUAGCAGAGACGAUGACCUUGACCCUAGCCCAGACCCUGCAAAUGAAGGGCCUGCCUCUAAACAGCGUGGAACAAUUUGACCCAAGAGACCUUCUGUGACCAGUCAUGCUGUCACCCUCUUUAGACAGUGCUCCACCAUGGCAGUGCCCAGACAUAAAAAGGUCGGUCUGGGCCGGAGAAACCAUCACCUACAGCGGAUCUCAGACUGAGCACCAUCGCCAUGGCCUGCCCCAGUCUCGCUUGCUGCCUGCUUGGCUUACUGGCUCUGACCUCGGCCUGCUACAUCCAGAACUGCCCCCUGGGCGGCAAGAGGGCUGUGCUGGACCUGGAUAUGCGCAAGUGUCUCCCCUGCGGCCCGGGCGGCAAAGGACGCUGCUUCGGACCAAGCAUCUGCUGCGCGGACGAGCUGGGCUGCUUCGUGGGCACCGCCGAGGCGCUGCGCUGCCAGGAGGAGAACUACCUGCCUUCGCCCUGCCAGUCUGGCCAGAAGCCCUGCGGGAGCGGAGGCCGCUGCGCCGCCACAGGCAUCUGCUGCAGCCCGGGUGAGCAGGAGGGGGCCCAGCAGGGUGACCCGGCAAGGAGCCGUCGGGUUUGCAGCUCAGAACACUGACCCAUUUC